GGGGCAAACAGCUUAGAAGAGGCCUAAUUUGGAUUAUUAGUCGAAACUGUGUAAGCAUAACAAUCGCGGUCAAAAGCUUUGUUAUCUUCACACCCAUUCUGAUUGCUUCCUUUCUCUUCUGUCUUGUCCUAAUAACAUGUCUUUUUCUCUGGUAAUCAAAGCCAAACCAAUUAGAGAAAUCGAUUCAAUCAACCAUCAACACGCCAUCCACAGACUCCAAUCAACUACCCAGUUGAGAUAACAAGAAACCCCUAAAAAAAAGCUUGCCAAAUACUAAUAUCUCAGUCAAUUCGGAUAUACUAAACUAGAGGUGGAUUUGUUCUACCAGGAAAUUAGUGAAGAAAGAAUGAGUGGAACAACAAUGGUGAGGGAGAGAGUGUGUUACAGAGAUGUGCUCCCAUUUGGAGCAAUGGUUUCGAUGGAGUGCAUCAACGUGGGUCUCAACACUCUGUUCAAAGCGGCCACCGAUAAAGGAAUGAGCUACCAUGUCUUUGUCGUUUACUCCUAUGCUGUUGCUGCUCUCCUUCUCCUUCCUUCCACCGUCUUCUUCUUGAAAAGGUGCUUUAAUUAGCUCUGUUGUUUCCACUUCUUCUUUUUUUCUGUACUGAAAACUAAAAAUUUCGUUAAUCCCGGGGAUUGAAACAGAGUCUAAUUUAUGUUGUUUCAUAAAUAAACUUUCUGUUUGGGGAAUCACUCAUUAAUUGACUGGAUCAUCAUCAAUUUUUUUUUUUUUUUUUUGUGGGAUUCUGGAACAGAUCAAAUCCAAGAGUUGAACAGCUUCCUUCGCUUAACUUCUCCAUCAUGUGCAAGAUUUUCCUGCUCGGAUUCAUCGGGUAUUUUUGAUGUUCUGCUUUGUUAGCUCGCUGAAAUGAAAUUUGCCACUUAUCUCUGUCAUGAUUAUAAUAAAUCUGUCUGUUAUGUUAAAUUAUGCAUCAAGAUUGUAAAAUCUUCUUCUUUUCGUACUUUCUUUUAUAAUUUAUUUUGUCUUUUGGUGGUGGUGGCUACCUGGGAAGGUAGAUGCACAUCUCAGAUAAUGGGGUACACCGGAAUCACUUACAGUUCUCCGACGCUUGCUUCCGCCAUCAGCAACCUUGUCCCUGCUUUCACUUUCAUACUUGCCAUCAUUUUCAGGAUGGAAAAGUUGGCAUUCAGAAAUUGGAGUUGUCGGGCCAAAGUAUUGGGCACCAUAGUAUCUGUUGGAGGCGCAUUCAUAGUGACUCUUUACAAGGGUCCAAAGAUUGUACUGUCUUCCCCAUCAUCAUCACACGCAGCAAGCUUACAUAACUCCGCUUCUGUUCUUGCAUCUCAAUCGAAUUGGGCAUUGGGUGGAUUGUUUCUAACUGCUGAAUAUAUAUUGGUUCCAAUGUGGUACAUCGUUCAGACCCAAAUUAUGAAGGAAUAUCCGGCAGAAGUAAUUGUGGUCUGUUUCUACAACUUGUGUGUGAGUAUCAUGGCAGCAGUUGUGGGCGUAUUUACUGAACCGGACACAAGCAAAUGGCGAAUUAGGCUCGACAUAGCAUUGGCCUCUAUCAUAUGCUCUGGAAUCUUCGGUUCGGGCUUAAACAACACCAUUCACACCUGGGCAUUGCGUUUGAAGGGCCCGGUCUUUGUCGCUAUGUUCAAACCACUGUCAAUUGCUAUUGCAGUAGCAAUGGGGGUCGCAUUCCUUGGUGAUACUCUGUAUUUGGGAAGUAUUCUUGGCGCAACAGUGAUAGUUCUUGGAUUCUACACAGUGAUGUGGGGUAAAGCAAAAGAAGAGAUGGACGAAGAAGAGUGUAAUGAAUAUAGUAAUUUGGAGUCAUCAGCCACAGAUAAAAAGUCACCCUUGUUGCAAAAUUACAGGAAAUGAUACCAUAACAAUCAACGUAUAUUUCUCAUGUAAAAGAGGUGUUGACUACUGCAGAUGGUAUAAGAAGAUCUCUGGAAUCAAAUGCAUCUUCAUUAGGCUGUACAUUUUGUAAAAGAAGUGGGAUCUACUACUCCAUCAUCAACUAUGUGCAAAGAUAAUCAAUUUUCUCACUUACCAAACCUCCAAGUGAUUAUGUCGUUGUAGAACAUAACCAAUUGCACAAUUAUCAGGCCUGAGCAGUUAAUUAAUUGCCUAUUUGGUUAGUUACUUCAUGGAGCUGAAAUUGCAGUGUUAAUACAAUGCAGCAUUAAUAAUGUGCUCGACGCAGCCGUGAAGCAUAAUAGGCCUACUUCAUGCUAUCAAAUUUUUCUAUAUUACUUUGUUGAACUUUGACAAUUGACAUCAACUAGCAAGAUUCUUUGUUGCCUGAUCCUUUCUUGCCUACAUACCAAAUAAUACACUUUGGCAAAAAGAAUUUCAUUCAGCUCAAAACCUCACACCAUUUAUAUAUGAAACAACAGUCAGAUUAUAUGCUUGCUAAUUACUAG